GUAACCGCUGCGCUUUCCUAGUUUGGUGGGCGGGAUGUGUUUUUUCUAGUUUACAGAUUGUAAUCCAAAUCCCAGCAACCUGCUGCGACUAUUGAUGUUUACUAUCUACGCGUCCGUCUGUUUUUUAAAUGAAAUGAUACGGGUUUACCCAGUAAUAUAGACUUAUCUAGAUACUUUAGACCUUUAUCUGUUUGCAUCUGUGCAUACUGCAAGUCUUCGCAACCACUGCGCGCCCGCCGGUCUGAUUUCGGUGGUCGCGACAGGGGUUGUUUUGAAAACUGUGGGUUGCAGUCUGGCCCCCUGGCUGUGACCGAAGUAUCUUUUCCAGCGUCAUCGUGCUCUCGUAAUAAUGUUUAAUUUAUAAAGAUGGCGGUGAGGGGGACUCUCUAAACUAAAUGACUGUCAGAAACAUCGCCUCCAUUUGUAAUAUGGGCACCAAUGCCUCCGCCCUGGAGAAAGACAUUGGUCCGGAGCAGUUUCCAAUCAAUGAACACUACUUCGGAUUGGUCAACUUUGGCAACACGUGCUACUGCAACUCGGUGCUGCAGGCGCUGUACUUCUGCCGGCCGUUCCGCGAGAACGUGCUGGCCUACAAGGCUCAGCAGAAGAAGAAGGAGAACCUGCUCACCUGCCUGGCCGACCUCUUCCACAGCAUCGCCACGCAGAAGAAGAAGGUGGGCGUCAUCCCGCCCAAGAAGUUCAUCUCCCGCCUGCGCAAGGAGAACGACCUGUUUGAUAACUACAUGCAGCAGGAUGCGCACGAGUUCCUGAACUACCUGCUGAACACGGUGGCGGACACCCUGCAGGAGGAGGCUCGACAGGACCAGCCCAACGGCCGUCUGCGCAAUGGCACCAUCGCCAUGGACACCGAGGACAACAAGGCCGAGCCCACCUGGGUGCACGACAUCUUCCAGGGCACGCUGACCAAUGAGACGCGCUGCCUCAACUGUGAGACAGUGAGCAGUAAGGAUGAGGAUUUCCUGGACCUUUCUGUAGAUGUUGAGCAGAACACCUCCAUAACGCACUGCCUAAGGGACUUCAGCAACACAGAGACCCUGUGCAGUGAAUACAAAUACUACUGUGAGACCUGCUGCAGCAAGCAAGAAGCACAGAAGCGGAUGAGGGUGAAGAGAUUACCCAUGAUCCUCGCUCUGCACCUGAAGCGCUUUAAGUACAUGGAGCAGCUGCACCGCUACACCAAGCUGUCCUAUCGCGUGGUCUUUCCCCUGGAGCUCCGCCUCUUCAACACGUCUGCCGACGCCCGCAACCUCGACCGCAUGUACGACCUCGUCGCCGUGGUCGUCCACUGUGGCAGCGGUCCAAACCGCGGACAUUACAUCACCAUCGUUAAGAGCCACGGCUUCUGGUUACUCUUCGACGAUGACAUUGUAGAGAAAAUCGAUGCCCAGGCCAUCGAGGAGUUCUACGGUCUGACCUCCGACAUUUCCAAAAACUCUGAGUCGGGGUACAUCCUGUUCUACCAGUCCAGAGAAUAGUAGGGGAAUAUCAGGGACCCCCCCCAUCUGGAACCCACCCCCUGCCUGGGAGUUUCUCUGAGUCAUGUGCCAAUAAGCUUGCCCACACUCCUGGCUCCGCCCCCUGGUGGCACAUUGCUCCCCAUCUCUGUGUGCUAGGCAUUCUGGGAUCAUCCUCGCCCCCCGUAGCCCCCGCCCCUCCUCACCUGCAGCUGAAAGGCACUUUAAAAAAACAACAGAAAUACCGUCAAAUGACCGCAGCAAACGGGUGUGCCCAGCGCCCGCCCCCGUCAGGGAGACUCGUCUGUUCCCCCCUCCCUUUCUUCAUUUCUUCAUUCAUCCGCUCCCUCCUUAGACAGCUGGCCUGUGUCUUAAAGGUCAUUUUAAGGUCCUCCUGCAGUUCAGCCGAAAGGCACUCAUUGAAAUGGUGUCAGUGUGUAUUCUGCUUACAGUGCUUGUACUUUAUAUAGAGGCUAUGCUAGUUAUACUGGCUACAAUGGAUACUCUUAUACUGGUCAAACUGGGUGUUAUACUGUUAUACUGCAUAUAGGAGCUGUAAUGGACACAGUGGUUAUACUGCAUAUAGGAGCUGUAAUGGACACAGUGGUUAUACUGCAUAUAGGAGCCAUAUACGUCAUAAGGCGGCGAACUUGGGCAAACUCGCAGCCCAACACGCGUGUGUAUAAUCCUUGCGUUUUCAAAUUGUUUGUGUAGUGACUCUCCACACCAGUGGGGGGCGCCUAUUCAGAUUCAGCGGUUGUGAUAGCCACAGGAAACACGGAAGUGACGACAUGAACAUGAGCAGCAACAGUGGCUGCGGUAAAGGGGCAGAAACUUUGACAGGGAAGUCUGUGAUUUUAAAGUUGCGUUAGUUUAUUUAGCGCUGCAAAAAAAGAAAAGAAAGAGAAUUACCCGUACGGUAAUUUAGACCAGCUGCAGGGGAUCCUUUACACCUGUGUGCAGACGUUCCAGCUGCAGGGGAUCCUUUACAUCUGUGUGCAGACGUUUCAGCUGCAGGUGAUCCUUUACACCUGUGUGCAGACGUUCCAGCUGCAGGGGAUCCUUUACAUCUGUGUGCAAAUGUUCCAGCUGUUUCAGCCGGCGGGGAUGAGUGCGAUGCGGAGGCCGUGCGGAUUUGAGUCUGUUCUGCGAACGCGUCGCUUCACAUCACUUAGCUUUUACAGUCUAGCCAAAGUUCGUUUCCACGGCAAAUAUACUCCCAGCUUUACUGGAAAACAAGGUGCCCCAAAACUUCACAGCUCUGUGAACGCCCAUCCUCCAGCGGCCUGUGUGUGGACGCGCGCUUGUGUGUGCGUGUGCGUGUGCGUGUGCGUGUGAGUGUGUGUGCAUGUGUGUGUGUGAUAUGUGCCAAAUGAGGAACUGCUUCUCACUUAUAAAAAUAAUUCUUUAUAAAAUGUAUAUUAUUUGUGGAAAUAUUUUUUAAAAAUGUGUAUAUAGAGAAUUGAACUGUUUUAAAAAAAAAUAUUUUUUAAACCCAGAAACUUAAAAAAACAAAAAAAAAAAACACUAAAGUAGAAAUGUUUGUGUACUUGUUUGUUUGAGGUCCAUUGUGUUGUCAUGGGUAACAAUACAAGCCAAGUCUGUUACACUCUGUAAAGAAUGGGAUAAUAAAACUACACUUUAAACUUG